AUGUCUGUAUUUGUACCUUUAAAACCUGAUGUGUUUAUUGUUUCUGAAACAUGUUCGUUUCUACAGGUGAGAGAGAUGAGGACUUGGGAAACAUUAAGAAGGUGCCACCUGGUUGGUUAUUUUAUAGCCAUCCUCAUGAGUGACCAGUACAAAACAGAACCAAUAAUCCUACCUGAUGGGAAUUAUCAAAGAAACUUAAAAAAGUUUGAAGAACACGUCAGGCUAGGAAAGCUCCCCCUAGCAACCAAACCCAAGCAUUACGAGAUACAGACAGCGGAUGGAUCAAUAUUGCAACAGAAUAAUUCACUUGACCAAUCGUUUGACCAAGAAUGGAUUAUGAACACGCCAGAGGUCACCAUUGUGCUUCCGGAGACCACUAAGCCUAGAGUUAAAAGGAUAAACUUCAGAGGACAUAAUGAUAUAAAUAAUUCCCGUUUCAGUCACGUGCAAGAUAACAAUUCUUUUCAUCUGAACAACAUAUCAAUUCCUCGAGAUGAAAUAUCCGUACAGAAAACACACAGUAUUUUAAAUAUAAACCUACUGAACUCAACAGAGGCUCAAAAUUUUAGUCGUCUCUCGUGUGAAAAAAGAGAAGAUAGUGAGUUAUUGUGGAAUUCUACAGAAGCAGGAACUGGGGUUUUAGCCCCUUGUCCAGUUGGUUAUGUAGGCAGUGCUUACAGAACUUGUUUUGCAAAUGGACAGUGGGGACGGGCUGAUUUAUUUGACUGUCGUUUUAUAAAGUUGCUAGAACUGAAACAAUUG